UCGGAGCAGCGCCCCCAGAGCCCACAGCGGGACGCAGUUGUGCCCAAAUUUUUGUGGCAAUCGUGCGUGCAGGCAAUAGAAAAGCCAGAAAAGAAAAAAAUAGCCACAGAAAGGGAAGCAGAGAAAAGCUGAGAAAAACGUUCCAAAGAAGCUACAAGCUGAAAAAGAGAAAAAUGUACAAGAAAUGUUUUUUUAAAUAGUGUGGAGGCGAGAGUGGUGCGGCUAACGGAACGACGAAGCAAGUUGCUGCUGCACAACGAAACUUAGAUAGAGUACACACAUAGGAAACAUUUCAUAUCCCCGCGGCGAACAAUAAAACAAGAGCCAGCAGCAGCAGCAGAAGCAGGAGCAGCAGAAGCAGAGGAAGCAGACGGAGAAGCAGGGGAAGCAGAAGCAACAAAAACUACAAUAAGAGCAAAAAUGACAGCAAUAAGUUUAAGCAAUAAAACACUGCUUGGCAAGCAGUUCAAAAAUGCACGCAUCACACAAUAAGCAGGCCUCAAGGAUAAGCAAGAAGAAAAGCAAAAGCAAAAGCAGAAGCAAGAGCAAAGGUGAGGUAGAAGCCGAAGCCGACGAAGAGCUGGACAACAGAAAAAAAGCUUUAAUUUAGGAGUUAAUCAUAUAUAGAAACAGAGAGAGAACGAGAGAGAGAGAGAGUGAAGUCCCCCCGCUCUCCCAGCCCCCGCCACCAACCCGCACAAACUCAACUGCCAAAGAAAAAAAUAGGAGAAGGUAGAUAGGACCCUGAAAAAGGACAACAGUACAGGACGAUUAAGAGCAGAGUGCAAAGGAAAGGGAAGGGACAGAGUGAGAGAUAGCCCGCGAGAGCCACCCACUUUUGCACGACAACCGGGACACUGAAACAUUCCACCCAAUAGCAUGGCCUCGGUCGCCGCUUGGCUUCCCUUUGCACGGGCGGCGGCCAUCGGUUGGGUGCCGAUAGCCUCCCUUCCACUGCCACCGCCCCCCGUGCCCAAGGACCGACGCAAGACGGACGACGAGAAGCUGCUGAUCAACGUAUCCGGCCGCCGCUUCGAGACCUGGAGGAACACCCUCGAGAAGUACCCGGACACGCUGCUCGGCUCCAAUGAGCGGGAGUUCUUCUAUGACGAGGACUGUAAAGAGUACUUCUUCGACCGGGAUCCGGACAUAUUCCGCCACAUACUCAACUACUACCGGACGGGCAAGCUGCAUUAUCCAAAACACGAAUGCCUCACCAGCUAUGACGAGGAGCUGGCCUUCUUCGGCAUCAUGCCGGACGUGAUUGGUGACUGCUGCUACGAGGACUAUCGGGACCGGAAGCGAGAGAAUGCCGAGCGCCUCAUGGACGACAAACUGUCGGAGAACGGGGAUCAGAACCUGCAGCAGCUGACCAACAUACGGCAAAAGAUGUGGCGUGCCUUCGAGAAUCCGCACACGUCGACCAGCGCCCUGGUCUUCUACUACGUUACCGGCUUCUUCAUCGCCGUCUCCGUGAUGGCCAACGUGGUGGAGACGGUCCCGUGCGGACACAGGCCGGGCCGGGCUGGCACCCUGCCGUGCGGCGAGCGCUACAAGAUCGUCUUCUUCUGCCUGGACACCGCCUGCGUAAUGAUCUUCAGCGCCGAGUAUCUGCUGCGGCUCUUCGCCGCACCCGAUCGCUGCAAGUUCGUGCGCUCCGUGAUGAGCAUCAUCGACGUGGUGGCCAUCCUGCCCUACUAUAUCGGCCUGGGCAUCACAGACAACGACGACGUCAGCGGUGCCUUCGUCACGCUGCGAGUUUUUCGCGUCUUCCGCAUCUUCAAGUUCUCCCGCCACUCGCAGGGUCUCCGCAUCCUCGGCUACACGCUCAAGUCGUGCGCCAGCGAGCUGGGCUUCCUCGUCUUCUCGCUGGCCAUGGCCAUCAUCAUCUUUGCCACCGUCAUGUUCUAUGCCGAGAAGAAUGUGAACGGCACAAACUUCACAUCGAUUCCGGCGGCCUUCUGGUACACCAUAGUCACCAUGACGACGCUCGGCUAUGGCGACAUGGUGCCGGAGACAAUAGCUGGCAAAAUAGUGGGCGGCGUCUGCUCACUCAGCGGUGUGCUGGUCAUCGCCUUACCUGUACCUGUUAUCGUAUCGAACUUUAGUAGAAUCUAUCACCAGAAUCAGAGGUCGGACAAGCGCAAGGCACAGCGGAAAGCUCGCCUGGCGCGCAUCCGCAUUGCCAAGGCCUCGUCGGGAGCUGCCUUUGUCAACAAGAAGAAGGCCGCCGAGGCCAGAUGGGCGGCCCAGGAGUCGGGCAUUGAGCUGGAUGACAACUAUAGGGAUGAGGAUAUCUUUGAGCUGCAGCACCACCAUUUGUUGAGAUGUCUGGAGAAGACAACGAUGUAGCCACAUUUGAACAUCCUUGUAAUAGUCCAAAGUUAUACACUUUGCCUCAAGCUCGUUAGGCAAGCAAUGACAAAGCCACAUACAGCAACCACAACCCGAACAACCAGAACAACAACCACAGCAAGAACAACUACCAGAGCCCCAUUGCAGUCCUGUCAUGUGGCCACAAGAAAAGAAAAAGGAUUGGGAUUGGGAUUGGGAUUCAGAAACCGCGCGAGUCUCCCAUUUAUGAAACUCGAGAAGCUCGUGAAGCUCGUGAAACAAAAAACCCUAGAGAGAACUGAACUGAACUGAAAUGCCAAUCUUUUGUAUGAGAUCCGCGUACUUUUGUUUACGAAUUGUUUAUGUAUAAUUAUUAUAUUUUCGGUUCUUAUGUGUGGGGUGGGGGUACAAUUCUUAAGUUGUGCAAUCUAAUAUGUUCUAAGUUUUCCAUUUGUGUCAUGUUUUUCGCACAAGCGUUUCAAGAGCAGAAUCAACCAAAUAUAAUGCAUAGCAAUAAAA